AUGGAGGCCAUCUGGCUGUACCAGUUCCGGCUCAUUGUCAUCGGGGAUUCCACGGUGGGCAAGUCCUGUCUGAUCCGCCGCUUCACCGAGGGCCGCUUUGCCCAGGUUUCGGACCCCACCGUGGGGGUGGAUUUUUUCUCCCGUCUGGUGGAGAUCGAGCCAGGCAAACGCAUCAAGCUCCAGAUCUGGGAUACCGCGGGUCAAGAGAGGUUCAGAUCCAUCACUCGAGCCUACUACAGGAACUCAGUAGGUGGUCUUCUCUUAUUUGACAUUACCAACCGCAGGUCCUUCCAGAAUGUCCAUGAGUGGUUAGAAGAGACCAAAGUACACGUUCAGCCCUACCAAAUUGUAUUUGUUCUGGUGGGUCACAAGUGUGACCUGGAUACACAGAGGCAAGUGACUCGCCAUGAAGCAGAGAAACUGGCUGCUGCGUACGGCAUGAAGUACAUUGAAACGUCAGCCCGAGAUGCCAUUAAUGUGGAGAAAGCCUUCACAGACCUGACGAAAGACAUAUAUGAGCUGGUUAAAAGGGGGGAUAUCUCAAUCCAGGAGGGCUGGGAAGGGGUGAAGAGUGGAUUUGUACCAAAUGUGGUUCACUCUUCCGAAGAGGUUGUCAAAUCAGAGAGGAGAUGUUUGUGCUAGU